AUGGCCAUCUCGAAAAAGGCAGGCGCCAAGAAGGCGGGCGCUGCCUCCAAACCCCCUCCCUCCAAAGGCGCUCCCUCCAAAGGCGGUGUCGCAAAGGCUGAUUGGAGGGAAGGCUUCAAGAAGGCGCAAGCGGGUGUAUCCGACAUGACACUCCUCUCCAAGGUCACCAACGAAGCCAUCAACGAAAACCUCCAAAAGCGUUUCCAGAAUGCAGAGAUCUACACCUACAUUGGCAACGUACUCAUCUCGGUCAACCCUUUCCGCGAUCUGGGCAUCUACACCGAGGACAUCCUCCAGUCCUAUCGCGGCAAAAACCGUCUCGAGAUGACUCCACACGUCUUUGCCAUCGCAGAGGGCGCCUACUACAACAUGAACGCAUACAAGGAGAACCAGUGCGUCAUCAUCUCGGGCGAAUCCGGUGCAGGCAAGACCGAAGCCGCCAAGCGCAUCAUGCAGUACAUUGCCGCCGUCAGUGGUGGUUCCAACAGCGGCAUCCAGGAUGUCAAGGACAUGGUGCUCGCCACCAAUCCUCUCCUCGAGAGUUUCGGAUGUGCAAAGACGCUCAGGAACAACAACUCGUCUCGCCACGGCAAAUACCUCGAAAUCAUGUUCAACGCACAGGGAGAGCCUAUCGGUGCCAACAUCACCAACUACCUUCUCGAAAAGAACCGUGUCGUACAGCAGAUCCGCGACGAGCGCAACUUCCACAUCUUCUACCAGUUCACAAAAGCCGCCUCUGCAGCUCAUCGCGAAAACUAUGGCAUCCAAGGUCCCGAGGCUUAUGCUUACACCGCCAACAGUCAGUGUCUCGACGUCAACGGCAUCGACGACCAUGCCGACUACCGCGAGACUAUCAGCGCCAUGAACACCAUCGGUCUCAGUGCCGACGAGCAGGACAAUAUCUUCCGCAUGAUUGCCGCCAUUCUCUGGAUCGGCAACGUCCAAUACGUAGAGAACCAGGAGGGAAAUGCGGAAAUCUCGGAUCCGGGUGUCCCCGAGUUUGUCGCAUACCUUCUCGAAGUCGACGCCGGCAACGUCACCAAGGCUCUCACGCAACGUAUCAUGGAGACGCAACGUGGUGGAAGGAGAGGUUCCGUCUACGAGGUGCCGCUCAACCCGAAUCAAGCCGCUGCGGCUCGAGAUGCCCUCGCCAAGGCCAUCUACAACAACAUGUUCGAUUGGAUCGUGGAGCGCAUCAACAAGUCGAUGAACCCGAAAGCACAGAGCGCAAACGUCAUCGGCGUGCUCGACAUUUACGGCUUCGAGAUCUUUGACAAUAAUUCGUUCGAACAGCUCUGCAUCAACUACGUCAACGAAAAGCUUCAGCAGAUUUUCAUCGAGCUCACCCUCAAGAAGGAGCAGGAAGAGUACGCCUUUGAGCAGAUCCAGUGGACGCCGAUCAAGUACUUCAACAACAAGAUCGUCUGCGAUCUCAUCGAAGAGAAGCGUCCUCCAGGCAUCUUUUCCGCCCUCAACGAUGCCUGCGCUACCGCUCACGCCGAUCCUACCGCCGCCGACAAUUCGUUCAUCCAGCGUACCGGCAUGCUCUCCUCCAACCCGCACUUUGACUCUCGUGGUACCAAGUUCCUCAUCAAGCAUUACGCCGGUGAUGUCAUGUACAACGUCCAAGGCAUGACCGACAAGAACAAGGAUUCGCUCCUCAAGGACAUUCUCGAUCUCGUCGACUCGAGUGCCAACUCGUACCUCCAGAAGCUCUUCCCGGACCGUCCCGACCCCAACAGCAAGAAGCGUCCUCCUACUGCUGGUGACCGUAUCAAGUCCAGCGCCAACGCUCUUGUCGAGAACCUCAUGAAAGCGCAGCCAUCUUACAUUCGCACGAUCAAGCCCAACCAGAACAAGAGUCCCACCGAGUACGACACCCAGGCAAUUCUUCACCAGAUCAAGUAUCUCGGUCUGCAGGAGAACAUCCGUGUCCGACGUGCUGGUUUCGCCUACAGGAACACGUUUGAGAAGAUGGUCGAGCGCUUCUACCUCUUGUCGCCCAACACCUCCUAUGCCGGCGAGUACACCUGGCAAGGCGAUGCUCGCAGUGGUUGCGAGCGCAUCCUCACCGACACGGGUAUCGCACGCGAAGAGUGGCAGAUGGGCGUCACCAAGGCCUUCAUCAAGAACCCAGAAACGCUCUUUGCGCUGGAGACCAUGCGAGAUCGAUACUGGCACAACAUGGCCAUGCGCAUCCAGCGCGCCUACCGCAACUACUUGCGCUACAAGGAGGAGUGUGCCAGACGUAUCCAACGCAUGUGGAAGAACAACAAGGAGGGUCUCCAAUACAUCCAGCUCCGCGACUAUGGUCAUCAGGUGCUGGCCGGUCGCAAGGAGCGCAGGAGAUUCAGUCUGCUGGGUUCCCGUCGCUUCAUGGGUGACUACCUGGAUGUCGGCGGAUCCAAUGGCAAGGGCGGAGGAAGCGCCGAGGGCCAGAUGUUGCGACAAGCCUCGCAAAUGGCACCGGGAGAGACGGUCGCAUUCAGCAGCCGUAUCCAGCUUCUCGUGUCGCGUCUCGGCCGUUCGAGUGUACGCAGCCCACGCUUCUUGAUCCUCACCGACAAGGCUGUCUACAUACUCGUCACUCAGCUCGUCAACAAGCAGGUUGCCACCACGUGCGAGCGACGCAUCAACUUGGGCUCCAUCUCGGUAGUGGGUCUUUCCAACUUGCGCGAUGACUGGGUGGUGCUCAACGUCAACAACGCCGAAGAAGCCGACCCGAUCUUCCACUGCUACUUCAAGACGGAACUCGUCACGCAUCUGCUGCAGAGGACCAACGGCGCCCUCAACGUGGUCGUCUCCAACAGCCUCGAGUACUCGAAGAAGAAGGGCAAGAAGGCUCAGAUCACGUUCAAGAAGGAUGAGAUGGUCAAGAAGGAUGACGCGUACAAGAGCAGUGUCGUCUCGGUCUGCUCGGGUGAGCCUGCCAACAGCGUCUCGCGGCCUGCGCCCAAGAAGAAGCCCGGUCUGGUCCGCCCUAUCACCCAAGGAAAGCUCUUGCGCGCUGGUGGCCCGUCCAACCCGAACAACAAGCCCAAGCCACGCGCCAUCCCUCGUUCCACACCUGUUGCGGCCAAGUUGCCCGGAAGCGGCGCGACGAGUGCCGCUGCUGCUCCUCGCCCCGUCGCAGCAAUCGCGUCCGCGGGCGCUGGCGGCGCGGCUCGCUCUGCUCCUCCACCGCCUCCUCCUCCUCCCGCAGCAGCAGCCCCGGCUGAGCCCCAGGUGCCGCGCUACAAGGCACUGUACGCAUUUGCUACCGAGAAUGCAGGCGAGAUGGCGCUGGAGAAGGAUGAUGUGGUCGAGGUGACUCAGAAGGACGAGACGGGCUCCGGCUGGUGGCUCGUCAAGAAGAACGGAGUAGAGGGCUGGGCGCCGUCCAACUACCUCGAGUUGAUCCCCCAAGCUCCACCCAAACCGAAGGCUGCCCCUGCUCCCCCCGUCAAGCGAGCGCCUCCUCCUGCUCCUUCGGCCAACGGUUCCGGGUCGUCUACUCCCACCAACCGACCUGCUGUUGCUGCAAAGCCUGCUUUCAGUGGCGGAUCUGGUGCUGCAGCACCGAUCGUGCAGCCGAAACCCACGGUCAAGACCACACCAGCGGGAGCAAAGCCGCACGAACGUCCUGUAGCUGUUCAGGCCGAGGCGGGAGCUGCACCGGUAGCUGUGAUGCCCGGACUCGGCGCUCCCGGUGGAUUUGCAGCUGUCCUGGCGAAGAAGAAGGCGGAGAACGCUGCUGCCGCUGCUGCCAACGGCAGUGCGAAUGGCAGCGGCGCUGCACCACCUGUAGCUACAAAGCCACCUGUGGCUGCCAAACCCGCGGGCACCAACGGCAGGGCCAUGCCACCGCCGCCUCCGCGUCGUUAG